AGUCGGGAGACGCGGUGGGAUCCUGUUGUUGGAGAAGCAAACGCGAAUAGCCGGGUGAAGAAGUCUCCAAUUCAUGGGACGCAAUUGACCACAGCACGGGUCAAUGUGACACGAGUAUCGCAUGGGGCAUGCAACUUCAGUGACAGCCCUAGAACGUGAAGAAGCUCAGUCCUCGGAGGAAAUGUUCAAGUGCAGCACUGGAACCGCUGAACCUCUGUAAAAUUGUAACGGGUUCAUAACCAUCCACCCGGGUCAUGAGGAUCCUUGAUGAUGUGAGGACUGAGGCAAUUGAGUCUUCUGCCUAAUGCAUUGGCGCAUGAAUGAGGAGCGUAUGAACAUGCACCAUAGAAGGACUACUCUACCUAUCGGUUCAGUACAUUCCACAGAAGCUUGGGCCAGAGGAGAGAUGUAAAGAAACGAAAAAAAAUUCAGCCAGUGCCAAAGGAGAGCAUCUCCCCACCCUGCCCCUGAGUCCCCCAACCCCUCACCACCACCGCCAUGACCUCUGAACUAGGGAGCAGCCUGACUUCCAUGGACUGGCUUCCCCAGCUUACCAUGCGGGCGGCCAUCCAGAAGUCCAAUGCCGGGCACCAACACCACACUCACGGGUACCCCCACGGGCAUCAUGGCCACGAGCCGGGAAAGAAGAGUGCCCCGCUGGACCAGGGCAACACGCUGGACCAGGAGGAGGUGGCCCAGCACAGGGAUGGCAAGCCACCCUACAGCUACGCCAGCCUUAUCACCUUCGCCAUCAACGGCUCGCCUAACAAGAGGAUGACCCUCAGCGAGAUAUACCAAUGGAUCUGUGACAACUUCCCCUACUACCGGGAGGCAGGGAGCGGCUGGAAGAACUCAAUACGGCAUAAUCUGUCCCUAAACAAGUGUUUUCUCAAAGUGCCUCGCUCUAAAGAUGACCCUGGAAAAGGGUCCUACUGGGCUAUAGACACCAACCCUAAAGAGGACACACUGCCCACCAGGCCAAAGAAGAGGCCGCGCUCUGGAGAAAUGGCCUCCACCCCCUACAGCCUGGAAUCGGAGUCCCUGCGAAUGGACUGUAUCAUGUACGGAGAUGCCUCUCCCACUCUGGCAAUCAACACUGUGACUAACAAGGUAGUGUUGUACAAGACGGAGCAGGAAGGCAGCGACAGCCCCCGGAGCAGCCUCAACAACAGCCUCUCUGACCAGAGCCUGGCCUCUGUCAACCUCAACAGCGUAGGCAGCGUGCACAGCUACACGCCGGUCAGUAGUCACUCGGAGCCCUCCUCCCAGUCUCUGAGUUUAAAGCUGCAUCCUCCCCCUCCACUUCCUCCUCCUCCCCAGCCCCAGUACAACGUGGCCGAGGGGGACAAGCAGCUCCUCUUCUCCGACUUCGAGGACCUCAGUGCCUCCUUCCGCAGCCUCUACAAGUCUGUCUUUGAGCAGUCCUUCAACCAGCAUGGUCUCAUGGGUAUGCCCAGCGAGUCGAGCCAUCAGCCGCGGAUGUUGUGCUCCUACCAGCACUCCCAUGGCGGAGGCAGCAGCAGCUCCCACAGCCACCAACACGCACACAACCACAGUCACCAUCAAAACCACCCACCCCACCACCAACCACCCCACUCGCAGCACCUCUCUCCCCACGCCACGCACAACCAACACCAACCUCAUCAACACACUCAACACGGGCAGCACUCAUCUCAACACACACAGCACCCUCAACACCACCAGCACCUCAACAGUGGGCAGCAGCAGUCACAGCACCUCCAGAACCAUAAUGGCCAGCCAGCACAGAUGCCCUGCACCAGCACUGGUCUGUCAGCCGACUGGUACCCCAACCUGGACUGGCUGAAGGAGCGCUGUCGCAUCGCCGGCAGCUACAACUGGGCUGACGUAGACCUCUCUCCAUUCCAAGGACUGAAGGAAAGCAUGAGGCAGGCGGAGCUGAACAACUGGUCCCUGGAUCCAGCCCAGAUAGCAGACCUGUGCUCCUCCAUCAACCAGUUCUUCACCCGCACCAGGGUCAUCCCACCACAAGGGCCAUUGCAACCACAGCCACCCCCACCUGCCUGCCACGGCCCCAUGCACACCAGCAAGCCCAGUCAGCACAUAAACACAGGUAAUCUGUAUAUGGACUCAAGACAGAACAUGUCUUCAAUGAUGGGACCCCCGGGUUACCCCCACAUGCCCCCCAUGAGCACUGCAGGCUCCACGAUGACAGGGCACCAUGGCCAGAUGAACCAGCAGCACAUGAUGCCACCCGGGCACUACCAGAUGAGGAGGCUGCCUACCGAAGACAUCCAGGACGACUUUGACUGGGACUCCAUCGUUUAGAACUGCCCCAAGGAGAGGAAGAAAGAGGGAUAGCGAUAGGGAAAGGGGAUGGGAAGAGUGGAAGAGGAGUGGACCCGGCCACCUGCCCUUUGGAGAAAGAGAGACAUUCCAGAAGAGGAGUAUCAAUCCACUGAUCUUGGUCUUUUUAUACAAGAGUAUAGAGUGACUUUGAAGACAAUCAAACAUAGAGGGAGACAUAUUGUCGAGAAAAAAUUACAUUUGGAACGGUUUGAAUUGUCUCGUCUCAAUGUGCCAACAGGUUUAGAAGUCGCCAAAAAUGGGGACAAGCGAUGGUGAAGUAUUUUGUUUAAUAAAUGCUUCGAUUCUCGUUUCUUUCCACUGAAGACUCAAAGUGGAAAGGAAUGUUUGUGAUUUCCGACAGCUUUUUUUCAAGAGACAUCCACCUGCCACUAAACUGAAAGGAUGAAAAAGAUAGUGCCAUUGUACGUCGGAACAAACAUCCGGCAUCAUGCCAGUUAGUCCACACAGUAUUGUGACUGUUCCUCCCCGUAGCACCACUCCCCUAUCUGGCAGAAGUGAUAAGAAAUCCACAGAAUGAUACUUGCGCCACUUCCAAGAAAUACAGGUAGUUAGAAAUGUAGUUAGAAAUAUGACAAUAAGGGUAGACCAGAUAAAAAUGCUCACGCUAAUAAGGGAAUGACAUUGGGGUACGGUGGCUGUCGACGACAACAAGUGUCCUAUCUCUUUGACUGACUCAGACGCCAUCUUGUUGGUGCAGGCUUAUAUUGCAGGAGAGGUCACAUUAUACCACACCUGGGUUCAAAUGCUAUUUGAAAUCUUUCCCGCCUUGAGUGCGAGAUGGGUGGAGUUUGCACUUUUGGGACUUUUCUAUUGGUUCCAAAAGGCUCAAUCAAGCACAGCUGAAGUUUUUGAAAUGAUUUCUAAUAGUAUUUGAACCCAUGUCUGCAUUUCACCCAUUCAAUUUGUAUUUGAAAUCUAUGUACCGGUAACUUGCUUUAACCUUCAAUGGUUUGAUGAGAACAAAAAUCUUCCAGUGUAACAACUUUUGUGUUUUGUACGUCGCCACUUUCUUAACUCUGUGAUCAUGGUGACGCUGGGCCGAUAGUUAUGUAUGUAUCUCCUGUUAAUCCCUUACUGGUGGUGUUGUGGUGUCUACAGUUGUUUUGUUCUCUCUAUCUCGGUGUGUUUGUCUGAGUGUAUGUGUGCGCGUGUCUGUGCGUAUGUGAGUGCAUGCGCCUAUGUGUGACUGCGCGCGUGGGUGUUAGCGUUCAUCAGGACUGUCCUGUUAGUAACUCCAUGGUACCAAGCCCUCAGGGUCCCUGUUUCCUAUUUUAUUUCUGAAUAACGCAUAACCCCUAUUUCCUUUUGAACAUUACUGAAAGGUCAAAGGUCAAAUGGGUUUGUGUGUCGUUUACUGUACCUGUUUGCAGGUGUUUCGACCACUGUGGUCGAAAGAUGCGCCUAAUGUACCACGUUAUAAGCUACAGUGCCUUCAGAAAGUAUUCAUACCCCUUGACUUAUUCCACGUUUUGUUGAG